AUGUCUGUUGCCCUGGACGGUGACGACGGCAAGCUGUCCCUGGAAGAGUUCCAGUCGUACUUUGCUGACGGGAUUCUCACCGAGGGCCAGAUGCAGGAGUUGUACUUCUCCAUCGACAGGCAGCAGACGGACAACCUGGACACGGACAAACUAUCAGAGUACUUCGCUCCGCACCUGGGAGAGUACCUGAACGUCCUCUCUUCCCUGGAGAAGCUUAAUGUCGCCAUCUUGAAGGCCAUGGACAAAACUAAGGAGGGGUACCAGAGCUCAUCAGUGCUGGGUCAGUUUGUGACGCGGUUCCUGCUUCGCGAGACCUCCACCCAGCUACAGUCCCUGCAGUCAUCACUAGAGUGCGCUAUGGAGGCCGUGGACGAGCAGAGCUGCCCUGGCAGGAAGAUGCUCAAGAAGCCAGAGGAGCUGGCCAUCCAAAAGAUAACCAAACGCCCCAACCGCCGCAUCCAGAAGAACAUGUGUCUGUCUCCUACAGACCCCUACUCUGGCAUGCUCACCACAGGGGUCAGCGUGGAGCCGCUGGACAACCACUGGAGCUCCCAGAUCCACCGUCUGCAGCAGCUGAUAGACAAGCUGGAAUACGAGAGUCCACAUCUUGAGCCGCUGAAGGAGGACACGCUGGCUGGCACGUAUAAAUCGAACAUUCUGCUGGUCCAGAGACAGAUGUUGGUGAAGGAGAGAGAUGUGGAAGACUUCCAGCAGGCUCUGAAGAGCUACACAGAUGCCACAUCCAGCCAGAGCAACAAUCUGCAUGUCUCUGUUCAGAACCUUCCAGACAGAUCCUGUUUCAUAAUGUACGAGUUCUGGCAGGAUCGCCUUUCUUGGAUGAGCUACCAACAGUCGUCCAUCAGCAAGACUUUCCAGCGUUGCAUCAUCAAUGCCCUUGAAGAUCCUGAGAUGGUCUCUACUAUGUUACUACCAGCAUCUUGGUGGAUAAUGAACAACAACUGACAGGAGCGAUGUUUUCAAAAUAUAUGAAGAAAGGCAGAUAUUAUUUUGUUUAAUUUCACAAUUUAUACUGUUUUCAGUGUAUUUAUUAUUAUGUGACAUGCAGGAAUAUUUUACUAAACGGUGUAUUGUAUUAACUAUAUAAUUUAAAAACUGAGUUAUGCACGACUUACAACUGCUUAGUUGAAUCAGUCAACCAAACACAAUCCUUUAUGGGAGAGAUAUUUGAAAUACUGCAAUAAUUGUUGUGUUAUUGGAGUACUGGAUGUCAUUACUUUAGCUGUACUUCAUUAAUAUCUUUCUGAACAUGCUGUUCAUGAUUUUCUUUUCAUGUAAAUACACAUCCUAAAAGAAACCUUUGCAUGAAAAUCCACAAUUUCCCAUUGAUAGUUGGUUUCCCAUACAGCUGUGCUGUAGUAAAAGAAAAUCAUUGUAGAAAACUGUAGUUCCUUUAACAUCUUCAUAUCAAAAUUCAUACUGGGUCUGUAGUUAUUAGCUUGCGUAUAGAAAGCAUAAGCAGAUGAGGACUUAGAGACAUAGACAUCAUCUGAAAUCCCCCCUACUCUAUAUUGUGAAAUGUUGAUCCCAACAGUCAUUUCUAGCAUACAAACAGUGAAGUGACAAGUUUCUUUUAGAUAGAAUGUAUACAGAAAAGGGUUGGGUUUCCCCAAAAUAGGACAACAUAAACCCCAACUCAUUCUAGUGACACUUCAGCACCUUAGUUGUAAACAGUGACUGUUGCUGUAGCCGACAGAAUGGACCUAUGAAUCCCUCUGUUUUCAUGUUCUGAACCUACGGUUUUAAAUUAUAUAAGACUGUUUAAGUGAUUAAAAAGGUACUGUAGAUGUCAUGUGGUUUGAAGUGCAACCUUCUAGUCAGGUUUUAAUAACAUAGGUCUGAAUGAGAAUAGUUUAGAUACAGAUGAAAGAUGUAACCAAGUACUGUUAUUUUUCCAUCAAGCUAAGCCAUUAACACCACAGGGCAUCUAAUAUGUUGUCUUACAGCACAGAUUUAUUACAUUUGAUGAUUAAAUGAAACCAUUAUAUUUUGUGUACAGAAAAAAGCAGGUGAGGCGAUAACUCAUGAUUAGAUUUAAUGUCUUUGGCGUUGAGUCUGGAUAUGGAUAAAAGAUAAAAGAUACAGUUUUAUUUAUGUGUUUAACGAAUAUGGGUCUGGUACUGUAUGAUGCUAAACUUGCCUAAAGAAAAUGAACGAAUGUGAAAAUAUUUCUCAGUGGCUGUUUAUCAUUUACAAUCUUUUACAAAUCAAUGUUAAAACUGUAAUGUUAAUGCUAUGUUUAUUUCUGGCAUGAAAUAAAGUUUAUGACUUGA